AGCUGCGGAGGGAGCAGAAGCCGAACGGGUCCGUCUGUCUGUCCGCGUGUCUGUCUGUCUGCCGCCGCGGUCUCUUGUCUGUCUGAGACACAAAAAGCCCUCCUCUUUUCGGCUUCCACGGUCCUCGGUAUACGGCAUCAGCGGCUAUGGGUCCAUCGCUGUCCUCCUCCUGUUUUCGCCGCUGAGGGACGUUACUCCGUCGGAUGCUCCAGUGCCCAUAGAGGAGGAGGGGGAGGAGGAGGAGGGGGCAUCCCUGUCAUUCUCCGACUACCAGGCUGACUCACCACCGGAGCGCCUGAACACAGAAGAAGAAGAAGGAGUUUGAGAGAACGAGGGAGUGAGGAAAAACUGUGAAACAGAGAGCGAGAAGGAAGGAAGGAGGGAGGGAGAGAAAGAGGGGAGUAAAAGCUAAAAGAGGUGAGGUAGACCAAGAGGGGAGAAGAACAGAAGACAGCAAGAGAAAGUGAGGUUGGGUCGGCGGAGCGAGAGGAGGAAAGAGAAAGUGAUUGUGUCAAAGACAGAGAGAGAGACAGAGACAGAGAGAGAGACAGAGACACUGCAGACUCACAGAACCCAGCAGGGAACAGACGGACAGAUCUGAGGUCAGGUGAGAGCGGGCGCAGGUAGGUCGGAGGUCAAGCCGUCAGACGGACAGCUGACUGAGCUUCACCCGAACCCACUGUCCCGCUACCCCUCCAACAACUGUCCCUUCACGGUCACCACACUGGGAGAACUGGGAGAACUGGUGACGAGGAGAAGCCACCAUGAGCGACCAGAACGUCGUCAAGGAAGGCUGGGUCCAGAAACGAGGUGAAUACAUCAAGAACUGGCGGCCGCGCUACUUCCUGCUGAAGACAGACGGCUCUUUCAUCGGCUACAAGGACAAACCGCAGGACUCUGACCUGGCCUACCCGCUCAACAACUUCUCUGUAGCAAAAUGUCAGCUGAUGAAGACGGAGCGGCCCAAGCCAAACACCUUCAUCAUCCGCUGUCUGCAGUGGACCACCGUCAUCGAGAGGACUUUUCACGUCGACACGCCUGAUGAGAGGGACGAGUGGGCCGAGGCCAUCCAGAUGGUGGCUGAGUCUCUGGCAAAGCAGGAGGAGGAGGGCAUCCUGUGCAGCCCCACCUCCCAGAUCGAGAACGUCAACGAGGAGGAGAUGGACACCUCCAUCAGCCACUACAAACGAAAGACAAUGAAUGACUUUGACUAUCUGAAGCUUCUGGGCAAAGGCACGUUUGGGAAAGUCAUUCUGGUGAGGGAGAAGGCGAGCGGCACCUACUACGCCAUGAAGAUCCUGAAGAAGGAAGUCAUUAUAGCCAAGGAUGAAGUCGCUCACACGCUCACAGAAAGUAGGGUAUUAAAAAACACUCGGCAUCCCUUCCUCACUUCUCUGAAGUACUCGUUCCAGACCAAGGAUCGGCUGUGCUUUGUGAUGGAGUACGUGAACGGAGGAGAGCUUUUUUUCCACUUGUCAAGAGAAAGAGUUUUCUCAGAGGACCGCACUCGUUUCUACGGCGCCGAGAUCGUCUCGGCUCUGGACUACCUACACUCUGCCAAGAUCGUGUACCGGGACCUGAAGCUGGAGAACCUCAUGUUGGACAAGGACGGCCACAUCAAGAUCACCGACUUCGGCCUCUGCAAAGAAGGCAUCACCGACACUGCCACCAUGAAGACGUUCUGUGGAACACCGGAGUACCUGGCUCCUGAGGUGUUGGAGGACAAUGACUACGGCCGGGCGGUGGACUGGUGGGGUUUGGGUGUGGUGACGUACGAAAUGAUGUGCGGCCGCCUGCCGUUCUACAACCAGGACCACGAGAAGCUGUUUGAGCUGAUCCUCAUGGAGGAGAUCAAGUUCCCGCGAACCCUGUCGGCCGACGCCAAGUCGCUGCUGUCAGGACUUCUCAUCAAGGACCCGAACAAACGACUGGGCGGCGGACCGGAUGACGCUAAGGAGAUCAUGCGACACAGUUUCUUUGGCACAGUCGACUGGCAGGACGUCUACGACAAGAAGCUGGUCCCGCCCUUCCAGCCCCAGGUCACCUCAGAGACGGACACACGCUACUUUGACGAGGAGUUCACAGCACAGACCAUCACCAUCACUCCGCCAGAAAAAUAUGAUGAGGACGGGAUGGACGCGGCGGACAACGAGCGAAGGCCUCAUUUCCCACAGUUCUCCUACUCAGCCAGCGGGCGGGAGUGAGCGCUCCGACUCGGCCAGUAUCGUCCCCAUUCGUGGCCAUUUUGAGGAAAACACGUAGCCAUUUUAGGAAAAAGAAUACCAGUCUCCCCUCUUUUUCUCCUUCUCUGCCUCCUCGCAGACGGGGAAAAGUCUUUUUAGGGACUUUAAAAGAGGUUUUUGCACAGUGGGAUAGACUCCAGCCGGUCUCCCCACACUAAAAAAAAGAAGUCUCCUACAUUUUCAGCGCUAUUUACUGCAGAAGGCAAUGUUUUUGUUAUUUAUUUUUUUCUCUCCGUCAGUAUCGAGUUGUCGACCCAGGUCGCGUUCAUCUGUUUUUGUUUGUUUGUUGUUUCUGCCCUUUUCUUCUUCUUCUUCUCUUCGUUUGACUUUUUGCACUUGGUUUGGAUGAGCCGUUUUAGGGAACAAAAAACCAAAAAUGUUGCCUUACGUGUGCAGAUGUUUCGUAUCAUACCGACAGGGUGUUUUUUUUUUGGGGGGGUGGGUUUCGGGUUGUGAGGGGUCAUUCUUAGUUGAGAAUAAGUGCAUGGCUCGUGGUUCACUCCAAAAAAAACAAAAAAAAAGCAAAAAAAAAAAUCUUUCUCAUACAUUUGCCAUGGCAGCGCACAUUCCCCAAUCCCAUGGCAACGAAAAUCAACAAAAACAAACAAAAACAAACAAAACAAAGACAGAAAAUGAGAAUGGACGAGUCUGUAUCCUUCCUUUCAUCGUUGCAGUGUUACUACUUUAUUUUUAUUUUUUUUAACCCAUUUCUUUUUUUUUUUUCUUGCGCUUUACUUUUAAGUUGUUCUUUUAUUUUGAAACAGGAAACACUAAACUGCCAGAAACUGCACAGUUCACUCAGGCGCCACAGAGCACAACCGCGUUCAGACUCAGCUUAACCGCUCCAGCUUUCCACAGACGGCAGGGGGCCGAGGCCUUCCUCCGCCCUGCCCGCCCACCGCUUCUCCUCCUCCGCUCCUCUGUUUCCUCAUCGUAGCUGUACGUGGGAUGGAUGUUUACACAGGGACACGUGGCUUCAUGUAAUGUAUGUAAUGUAUGUAAUGUAUGUAUGAACUGUAUGUAUGUGGGACACGGGGGUCAAACCUUAUGCUGUCACAGCACACACACACGCGCACACACACACACACACACACUCAGAAACAGGAAGCAGCUGUGGGUUCGGAUCAGACCGAGGUCGACAGUUUCUGUCCAAACAAAUCAGAAUCCUCAGUGUGACGUCAGAAUCCUCACUUUGACCUCAGGUGUGCGCGCGCUUGUCGCCGUCCGUGUCAGGUGAAGCUGCGCGUGCACGUGCCGCGUCCCCUUCUGACGGAAACGUCAGAUUGUGUGUGUGUGUGUGUUUGGCGAAGUGCCCCGUGCUGCUACAACCGCGAAUAUUUAUUUAUUUAUUUAUGUAUUUAUUUAUUUCCCUGAAACCGUUCCAAUGUAAAUAUAUCCGGUCUGAAAACACUGGAAUGGGCCUAAAAAAAUCAAAAUAAAACCCCACGUGUAAUGGAAAGUCUCACCAGGCUGGAAACUCCCAGAGAACCAAACAGAGGACGUGGUCUCGGUGUCCUCGUCAGCCUUCCACAGAAGUCUCCCAGUUUUCACAUGUUGUGAACAGAGUGGACAGAGCUCAGUCAGGACCCCGUGUUUUCUGCCUCGGUGUUGGGAAAACGCUAAAAAUAGAAGUGUUAACCUCCUUCUUUUGACGGCCCGCCGGGAUUUGUCCCGCGACGCCCGAUGGCCAGUUCCUCCGACUGAAGCUCGACGGUUUAUUUUUAUUUCUGCUAAAGACAGUUUGUCCAUCCAGCUGCUGCUGAGGCAGAUCGGACAGAUACCUCAGGGUCAGGGUCCUGCUCUUUGUUCAGUUCUGUCCCAGCCUGACCCCUAAAAAAAAAAAAACCUGUUGCAUGUUGGGUCCAACACUUUGGACGCAGCAGUGAAUCCAGCUUGAUUGUAACAGCUACAGCUGAUGGCAGAGUAGAAACAUGUCCAUGAGGAGCCCACUGUGUGUGAGAGGAGCCCACAGCGUGCGAGAGGGGCCCGCGGUGUGCGAGAGGGGCCCGUGGCGUGUGAGAGGGGCCCGGGGUAACUGGUCUGACUCAGUCCGCAGAGAAUCACAGGGAGAGUCUAAACGUGACUGGAAACUGAUCAGGUUUGAUUCGUUUGUGGAGAAAACUGUCGACUCGAUCUGUUAGUCAUCAGAAAAAUCUUCUUCCCGCUGCUCAGGGUUCCUGCGCACAUACACACACACACAUCUGGAACGGCUGUAGAAGAAGGAUUUGGUGAUUCCCAGGUCUUUAAAAGCUGUCGACUCACGCUGUUGAAGAAUGUUGUUCACGGAUUGUUGUUGUGACUGAAACAUAUCGAACAGCGAGUGAAAAGGAAAAGUCCGCUGAUGUUUAUGGGAAACGCUGUGCAGGAACCCUGAUAGGACAGGACAGGACAGGACAGGACAGGACAGGACAGACAGAAUGACAAGGAGAAGCAUACACACACACACACAGAUUUACAGAGACUGUUUUUAGACAAUAAAUCAGAAUAAAGGAAACUUAAUUUAUCACAGACACUAACAGAAACGAGGCUUCCAGCUCCGGGGGGGUCAGUCCCUGUUUAUCCUGUCAGUAUUAGAAAUUCAUUUAUAUACACACACACACACUUUUCUAAAAUCUGAACUGAGGGUAUCAAUAAAUCACUAAUCAUGUCACAGAUCACGAGAAAACUGAGCCGUGAGACACUCAUGUGUGAGACUGUGAGGACUGCCAGAGGAACGAGUGGCCCUCGAGCUCCGUGGUGUAAAUAUGCAAUGCCUUCUUUUCUGUUUGUCUUCAGUGGCAUCUGGACACACGAGACAUAAACAUGACACAUGUUCCUUUCUGUGUGACUGUACUUCGAGCUUGCUGAUGAGAAUAGAGACUGAAAAAAAAAAACACACAACAACCACGAACGACUCAGAAACUGCAUUUACGAAAAAAUUUAAAAAGAAGAAAAAAAAAAACAGCAUCAAACUUCGAACA